ACGGUAUUUAAGAUGUGGAACGGCAGUACGCCUCCUUACCCAGGCGCGGGCAGAUGGACCCUAACGACUACCCUCAUCAGCCGUGGGGCGCCCCUCCUCCUCCGAGGGACCCUGGCCACUACCCCAGCCCCCCGCAGCCUGCCUACCCCCACCCUCACCCGCACCCCCACGCUGGGUACCCCCUCAGGGACGGAUACCCCGGGCAGCAGGGCGGCGACCCACGCCAGGCCGACCCCGGGUUCUACCCGCCUCCGCCUGUCCACCCGCGGGGGCCGCUGAGGCAGGACGUGCCGCCCUCACCCCCGGUGCCCGUGCGCGCCCCCCGCUACGACACGCUGAACCGGGCCCCCCCGGGCACAGGUGGAGGUGGAGGUGGAGGCUACAAGCAGGCCAGCCCAGAGCGCUACGCCUACGGAGACCCGCGCCACAAGAACGCCAUGACCGCCGCCGUCUAGCCACGCAGCUAGAGAUGAGUGACCAAGCCAAACCACAUGAUGAAGAUGAUGAUACAUAUGCACAACAUGUUCUGCUGUGUGUGUGUGUGUGUGUGUGUGUGUGUGCAGUGCAUAUGUAAACCUAUGCAUGUGCAUCUCUGUGUAUGUGUGUGCGUGUGUGAAAUCAGAUAUAUGCCCAGUGUACUUGCAGUUGUGUUUGUGUGUCUGCACAAUGCAUAUAUUAACCUAUGCAUGUGCAUCCGUGUGUGUGUGUACUCAGAUAUUCAUCCAGUGUACUUGCAGGUGUGUAUGUUUGUUUGUUUGUUUGUGUGUGUGUGUGUGUGUGUGUGUGUGUGUGUGUGUGUGUGUGUGUGUGUGAGAUUCUAUAUAGCGUGUGUUUAUCCAAACUCAGCACAUGGACAGUGUGUGUGUGUGAGAUAUGGAAAGCUUGUGUGUGUGUGUGUGAGAAAUGGAAAGGCUUCUGUCGUUUCUUUUUUUUAGAAACUGCGGAUGUGUCUGGAAGUGAACCACUGAAACCUGACACACACACACACACACACACACACACACUUACUGCACAGGAAGUCUUGCUUUCCCUCUCUCAUCACAUCAGGAUGAGCAAAUGUGCCAUACCGUUAUAGUGAAGGACACAGAAGCUAUGUGUGUGUGUGUGUGUGUGCGCGCGCGCUCGCCUGUGCCACAGUGAUGAUUGCUGCAUCUCCGUCCCGUGCCAUGUUUUGCUCAUAUCAGCAUUACUGCUCUAUAACCGUCUUUGCCAAAAACCAGCUCAGCAGCAGCAGCAGCAGCUCUCUCUGGAGGGGUCACUCUGCUGGGCCACAUCUGGCUCAGGUCUGGCCCGAGUCCUCUGCACCUGAUAUGGGCCAAUCUGCACCUGAUAUGGGCCAAAUCCUAUACAGAACUUUCCUGGAUCAGGGAUCUUUUAAACCUGGUUCAGACUGACCGGGGCCUGGAUCUGGGUUGGGUCCACUAGAUCGGCAGCUAGUUUUGUCCAAGUUUGGUGAAGAAAUUAGCCAGGAUAUGUCCCCGAUAUAUCCCAGAUAUAUCCCAGAUAUGUUACCGAUAUGUCCCAGAUAUGUCCCAGGUAUGUCCCCGGACAUAUGACUCCAGAGUCUGCUGUUGCCCUGUGAGGUCUACAAAUGCAUGUUGUUGUUCCAUUAACACUAGGUCACUUUGUAAAGACUAACUGAAAGUAUAUAGCAUUUGUUUGUUUGUUUUUGUUAUUUCAUAAUCCAGCAUGUCUUUCGUCCUGAUUUGUUGAAUUUAAGACAGAAAUGAGUCAGCCUCUCCAGAAUCAUCCAAUCUCUUGUAAACCUGAAUUGUAAACCUGAUUAAAGCGACUGAGUAUAAUGGUAUAAUCCAUGAUUGAGAUUCAGAUGGUAUAAUCCAGUGGUCAGUUGAAGUGUGUUUCUCCUGUGCUGCAGAAUUCUGUCAACACACGGACAGGACAGCCGUCACUCGGACUGUAGCCUCACACACGAGAUUAGAGGCAUGGGUGGACAGGGGAGGAAGAGGGCUCGGCAGACAGACAGGAAGUUGUGCUGUCCGUUUUGGAACAGUGAUGAACAGACAGGAAGGAUGAGGAGACAAACUCCCUCCCUUUCCCUCCCAAACCCCCACACCAUUGUCAUCUCACAACCUCCAUCUUGGCCUUAAGGGGUUGUGUGUGUGUGUGUGUGUUGGGGGGGAUGGUCCUGACAGGAAGGGUGAGAAGGAGAUGCCACUGCGCACCCCACACACACACACACACACACACAACCUGCCCCAUCGCAAGCCAUUGAUCUUGGCCUUAAAGAGGGAGGAACAGAGCCCUGUCUAACAGCAGGAAGUGAUGUCGUCCCUCCCAGGAAGGGGUCAGGGCUGUCCACCCCUCCAGCCUCCUACAACGUGCCCUAUAUCAGGCCGUGAGGAGGGAAAAGGAGACCUCUCUGUCCAUCUGUCUGUCGGUCGGUGUGUUACUCUUGAAGCUGAUUGUUGGCAGGAUGUGAUGUCGCCCCUCCCAGAGAGGGUUCAGGGUGGGCCAGAUAAGAGCCCCCUAAAGUGUAUUUGGGGGGGAGGGGGUUUCUUUUCUCAUAUUUUCUUUUUGUAUGUUAUUUUUGUUUGUUUAACGCAUUUGUAGCCAAAUACAGUGUGUAUGUGAAGUUCUGAAUGGUUUUGUUUCAUUCUCGCAAUGGUAUGCAUUUAUGUCACUUUGGGUUGCACAACAGCUUGUUUGUGAAGGUACUGACUGCACCACGCACGUGCAGAGAACUGUGGUAACGAUGAAAGUAACAUGAGACACAAUAGCACUGUGGAUAAUUAUGUUCAACUUUAACAUUGUACUCGAUCAAAAAAAUAAAAAUGUAUUCCACACACAAAA